AUGGUUCGCCAAGAAGAAAAACCUAAGCCACCUAUUUUUUCAGUCGAGACUAAAAGUGUGGUAGGCCUAGAUGAAAAACCUAAGUCACCUAUUUUUUCGGUCGAGACUGAAAGUGUGGUAGGCCUAGAAGAAAAUGUUCAAGUUUCUGAGCCAAAAAUUGACUCAGAAAAUGAUUCGUCAGAUGAGUGUUCCAAUGACGAACAAGACCAAUACACAACUUCUGACCAUAAAACCACAUCAAUUGAUAUGGUAAUUGGAGACGUGAUUUUAGAUGCCGAAACUACCCCAAUUGACAUGGUUAUUGGUGAUAAAGCCGAUAUGGAGAAAUCCUGUUCGGCUAAGUUUUUCGAGUUAAAAGUUGAAAUUGGCGAAAUUAUGCCUGGGGGGCAUAAUAAUUGUUCAACACAUUCGGCAGUUGAUGAUAAAAAUCUUUUGUCAAGCCGAACAUAUUUGGAGAUGAUAUGUUAUUCAACUUUGAAAAAUCUCAAAGUGAAAGUUUUGAUUUUGGCUGGAAAUCAAGGUUGCAAUGCCAUAAUGUAUCCAAUGCUAAAGAGAUUCCUUCAGGAGCUCUCUCAUUUUUUGGAAUUUUUCAGUAUAGUAAUUCCUGGAAGUGAAAUUCCUGAGUGGUUCAACAACCAAAGCAUAGGAGAUUCGUCUCCGGUCAGUUCCGAUGCUGGCUUGGCGCCGAACUACGCGUUCGGGCUGCUCGAAGAUGACUUCAUCAUCAAACACAGACUUCUCACUCGAACCACCACCACGAGAGGCGAACCGCCGUUGAAGAAGCUCCAGAAGAAGUUCACGUCCCUGUUCGUCGAGCUCGACAAGAACGAUGACAACUUCUCCGACUGCGACAAGGUCGCCAAGGCUUUCCUGCAGGAGCUCAACACGUUCGAGAUUCCGCUCCCAAAGAGCAAAGCCGUCGUGGAUGCAAAUCUCCGGGAGAAGCACAACCUCGACGAGCUGAGGGAGGAGAUUAACCGGCAGAUUGUGCAGGCGAAGACCGACAUUGAGAUGCUGAAGAAGCAGCUCGAGGAGAGUAAGAUCGAAAGAAGGCACAAGGAGGAGUGUGAGUCGAUCAGGAAAUUGAUUGCUACCCAGCCGCGGAGGUCCGAGACGCUCAAGAUCAUAUCAGAUAUGGAGAAGGAGAUUGCGUUAUUGGAUGCGGAGAACACCACAAGUUCGCGGACGCUGGAGCUGAGGAAGAAGCAGUUUGCUCUGCUCCUGCAUGUGGUGGAUGAGUUGCGGAAUACCAUAGAGGAAGAACAGAGGAAUUUAAUUGAGGAGAAAGAGCAGAAAAAUGGAAUGGAAGAUGCGGCUGGGGGCUCGGAACCCAUGCAUGUUGAUUAGAAUGCAAUGCAUCUCUCGGUUUCCAAGUUGUAAGAUUGCGUGCUUCGUAAAAGAGUAUUGGCGUAAUGCUCUGUAGUUGCAGGAUGCUAGCAAUUUUACGAAAUUCUUAUUGUUGUGCAUUUGUACAAUUCUCUUUGCAUAUAUGAAUUACCAAGUUUACUUGAUGAGAAGGAAAUUGCCAUAACUCUUUCCUAAAUUAUUUUUAAAGUAGUUGAUCGUGUAAACCUAAUGCUUGGAUGCAUUGCUUUCGUUGCAUUUGAGUUUACUCUUUUAGUAGUGUAAUAUUAUACAGUUUAAUUUCAGAUAAUUUCGUACUGUAAACGAAACGCUUGUGCUUUUCAAAUUCCAUAUAAUCUGACUUUUUGUUGGCUUUUCUCAAGCGAAGGUAUCUUGGGUGCACCAUCGCUGCAUUACAAAGUCUUUACUAUUUGAUAUUGGUCUUACGAUGCCAAAGAACAAAUAUGAUUUGUAUCGCUUCCAGCAUUUGUAAGAGAACUUUCUAUUAUAUUAAUGACUGUAGUUGUAUUUGUAUUUGCUUUGGAAACUGAUAGAUUUAACUACUGAUCUUCCCGAACUGGGUAGUGGGAGGGCUAAACACUUUAUUAUAUAGUAGAUCACUCGUUGUAGAUUUUCUUUUCGUGUUCUCCGUUGAGAGGGUAAAGUACAUGUUACGCAUCUUUCAAGUGAAGUUUCUGGAAAGUUAUUGCAUUCAAUGCCACAUUUUCAUAGAUUGGUAUAGACACUAACAGAAAGUGGAUGCGAUACUGGAAAUGAAAGAGGCAGAUUUUGUGUUUAUGGCUUGCGACAUAGGCAAGCUGAGAAUUGCGGUUAGUUUUGGGUUUGGAUUUGUUUAUGUUCUUGAACUUUUUUUUUAUGUUUAAUUUCCUUAUGGUUUUUGUACAGUUUAUAUACAGAGUUUUAAUAAAUGAUAUUAAGACUUCUAUUUGGUAUGUGGGAAGUAGUUUGCUUUUGAUUUUCAAGACAUGCUUCUGCUCAUCCCUUUCUCGACACAAUUGGUACCAAAUCCCCAUUCAAAAAGGGCAUGUUUCGCUAGGCUGUAGUGUUUGUGAGAUGGGGAAAUACAAUAGUAGGGUUGUAGGGGAAUAUGUUGGAGCUUUCUUACCAUCUGCAAGUAUAUGAAUACUUAACUUGUUCGUAAGGAGUUGUGGGAUUAUUGGAAGCAGAUUUUUGGUAACAUACUGGAAUAAGAUGGAAAGCAUGCAUGCGUUUGUCUGGCGUUUAUAAUAGUGUUUGGUGGUUACUCCCUUCGACUGUUGUUUGAGGUUUUGUAUUGAGGUUCUGAGAUCCUCGCUAGAGUUGACUAGCUAUAGUUCACACUCUUUGUGGGUCAUGUGGUCCGACUAAUCUUUAGCUAGGUGCUCAAAACUCAGAAGGCUAAUAGUUCAAAAAUUUGAAUCUGCAGAUUUAUUCAAUGGAUGGUGUGGAAAUAGUGGUGAUAUUUUGUAUGGCGCGUUCAACAUGUUGGUUCAGGUGAUGGAGGUGACGGCUGUUUCCACUUGUGUAUUUCAGUAAGAUGUCUCUCUCAGACUGAGGCGGAGUGCCAUAUUAAAGACGCAGAAGAUGGAGACUUGUUUUGGUAGAACUUCAAUCAAGAUACUCAAUUGCAUAGUUCGCUUAGUACUGCCUGUUCAGGCAAAGAUUUCUCUGGAGAAGGCUCCUCGAACCUCAGUACAGCUUCCCAAAGGAUUGGCACUUUGGAUGUGUAGUCGGGCUCUUGUUUGUUGAUGUGCUACAAGAAGAGAACGAAGUUAGUUCUGAAAGGUGCCAUUGUGGGGCCUUAGGUGUAGGCCUUAAGGCUCGCAAUCAAAACUAACCAAGUGCUAGGUAUGCCACUAGUAUCUCAAUAUAGCACAUGUAGAACAAGUGUGUUUUAAGUCGAUUACUUAUGCCUCAAGUUACUCAGAUUUCUUGUUAUCAAAGGAUUGUCAGAUGGGUUAAGUCCACAUUAAGUUCUUUUUCUUGCUUUGUAAAUAAGGACUUUUAGUUUAUAAUCUUGUAUGCUUGAAUGGAGGGAGUUCAGAGCCCCUUAAGUCA